AUGGCUUCACGAAAGGCCAUUAAUCCUGUGGCCUUUACGCCAUGGCCCGUGACGAUCAUCACAACUGCAAUUUACCUCGCUCUCCUCAUUCCUGUCCUGGUCAUCCACCACAAUGUUCCCUCCGCCCCCCGAACAAAUCCCAAAGGUCUAGAUCUGGCUGAAGCAUGGCACGAUCUCCAGUCUUUGACAAGUGGAUUCCAUCCAUACAACUCUCACCGAAACGACGAAGUCCGCGCCUGGCUGCUCGAGCGAAUUGACGCGAUCCGCCGUGAAACUGCAUCUGCGGAGGCACGCGAAGGCGAGACCCGUCCAGAGGUUGUAGUUUUUAACGACCUGACGUCAAACCUGACUUCAGCAGAUGGCCGUACUGGCGUCUACUUCGAAGGCACUAAUAUCCUCGUCUAUAUCCGCGGCUGGGAAGACAAGGAAGAAAACUGGUGGGAGGUGCCUGGCAAGUCUCCCGGAGGCAAGGGCGGGGUCCUGGUCAAUGCGCACUAUGACAGCGUCUCAACGGGCUACGGUGCUACAGACGAUGGCGUGGGAGUCGUUACCUGUCUGCAGCUGGUGCGCUAUUUCACGACGCCGGGCCAUGCGCCGCGACGUGGUUUGGUGGUCCUUUUCAACAAUGGCGAGGAAGACUACUUGAAUGGCGCGCGCGUAUAUGGCCAACACCCGCUCUCCAAGUUUGCGCAUACUUUUCUCAAUCUUGAAGGGGCGGGUGCUGGUGGUCGGGCAACCUUGUUUCGCAGCUCGGAUACGGAGGUCACCCAUGCCUACGCGAAGUCUGCCCGGCCAUUUGGUUCGGUCCUUAGUGCGAACGGUUUCGAGAGCGGUUUGAUUAGCAGUCAGACGGACUAUGUGGUCUUCCAGGGAAUGCUUGGCUUGCGAGGCCUUGACGUCGCAUUUAUGGAGCCCAGGGCACGAUACCAUACUGACCAGGAUGAUACGCGACAUACCAGCUUGAAUUCUGUAUGGCAUAUGCUCUCAGCGGCCGUUGCUACGACGAACGAGCUUGUUUCCGACUCCAGUGGUCAAUUUGAUGGACCGGCUCAUGAUGACGGCCUUGUGCCCAGCGGUACUGGCACUCGUGCUGUCUGGUUUGAUCUCUUUGGCAGCGCACUUGCUGUUUUCCGUCUGCACACUCUUUUCGCGCUGUCUGUGACGCUCCUCAUUGUCGCACCCCUGACUUUGCUCAUGACGAGCGUGGCUCUUUCGAAGGCCGACAAGAUGUGGCUGUUCCGAUCUUCCGUAUCCGUGGACACGACGGAGAAAAUCCCGUUGCGAGCUUUACGUGGAUUCUUUCGCUUUCCGUUCCUCAUUGGUGUCCCCACUGCUGUGGUCAUUGGGUUCGCGUAUCUGCUGGCCAAGAUCAAUCCAUACAUCAUCCACAGCAGUCAGUAUGCCGUGUGGAGCUUGAUGGCAUCUACCUGGGUCUUUUUGGCCUGGUUUGUCGCAUGUGUCAUGGACUUUGCCCGCCCUUCCGCAUUCCAAAGGGUGUAUACUUGGACUUGGCUUUUCAUUCUAUCAUGGGCCUUGCUGGUGAUGUCGACUGUUUAUGAAAACGAGAAAGGUCUAGCUGGUGGCUAUUUCAUGUUUUUCCAUUUCGCAGGAACGUUCUUAGCCACAUGGAUAUCAUAUCUUGAGCUUUUCGCACUGCCAACCAAAUCUGAAUAUGUUGGUCAAUUCCUCCAGGGCUCCCGCCGUCCCAGCAGUUACGGUAGCCGACUCGGAGGUAACUCUGUCGAUGGGGGCGAGGGUGAAAAUACCGAGGAAGACCCCACGGAGUCCACGUCUCUCUUGCAUGGACGUCACCGGACUACCUUCGCCAACUAUGUGAAUGUCACUGGAAAUCAAACAGAGAGUGAAAUCAAUGAAGAGAGCGAGCACGACCCGAGGGUAUAUGGUUACGAACAAACAUGGAGUGGCUCAAUCCCGAGCUGGACUUGGAUUCUACAGCUACUUCUCACCAUUCCAGUGAUCUUGAUGCUCAUUGCCCCACUCGGCCUACUGCUCACCAGCGCCCUGCAUCAAACAGGCCAAGAUGGCAUGCCUCAGCUGUUUGUGUACAUCAGCCUUGCCAUUCUUACUGCGAUGCUCUUCUCUCCCAUGCUUCCAUUUAUUCACCGCUACACUUACCACGUCCCGAUGUUCCUAUUUUUAGUUCUGGUCGGCACACUUAUCUACAAUCUAGUCGCAUUCCCUUUCUCCGAAUCCAGUCGCGUGAAGCUGUACUUCUCACAGCGAGUCGACCUAGACCGAGGUAACUCCACCGCAUACCUGACGGGUGCAUCCCCAUUCGUUGAGGAUGUGGUGCGAGGCCUUCCAUCCGGCACGGGACAAGUGAACUGCAAUACCAGGGUCGCCAGAGGACUCCAAUGUUCCUGGCCAGCACCAGAACCUCAUGUGGUGCCCAGUGAUGAAGCCUCCGACUCUUCCCCGGGUCCUUCAGUAGACUGGGUCAGCUACGAGAUCUCGCCGCCUCCCGACAAAAGCUCGUCUGUGCGCUUCCAGAUCUCCGGCCAAAAUACUCGUUCUUGUCGCAUCACAAUGGAUAGCCACCCCAUCACCAACUUCAGCGUUGUGGGCUCAUCGGCUCCAGAUAGCCGAUUCCUCAGCCCGGCCCGGGACGGGUUGCACGAAAUCCGCCUCUGGAGUCGUUCGUGGCAGAACAGCUGGACUGUCGAUGUCCGCUUUGCUGACCACGCCUCCGGGUCUUCUGGUGCUGAGGACAAGCUCGGCAACCUGAAGGGUCGCGUCUCAUGUAUCUGGAGCGAUGACAACACGCCUGGCCUCAUCCCUGCCAUCGACGAGGUUAGGCAGUACGCCCCUUCGUGGGUGGCUGUCACCAAGAUGGCGGAUGGCUUGGUGGAAGGAUAUCGUGAAUUCGAGCUCAAGCGUACUAGCUCUGGCUCGUGGGAGCGUUCUUAA